CAUCCCCAAGUCGUUUCACCAGCAGUAGCCAUGGCCUUUAAUGCGGCCUUUGGAAGAUACAAAAACCAGGACAACCUCUAUGAGUCGUCGGUGGCUUCCAGCCAGCGGAGCCCGCUGCUGCACGAGUCCACUGGUGGCUCCAACGCCCGGGGCAAUGACCUGAACCUCAAUGGGCCUUCGACCCUGUACCAAAUCAUCACCCACGACACCAAGAAGAAGACACUCGAAAAAGGCUUUGAUGCACGACAAAACUUCGUGCACUUUGCGCAUGGCGAUCUAAAAAAUGUGAUUACCAUGCAGGAACUGAUGGAGCGACCGAGUGUUCGGAACUUCUUGUAUCGAUCCAAGUGGUACCAAAAGCCGCAGGUAGUUCACCUGCGCAGCAUCAUGAGCGGUAGCGCGGUGUCGUGCUGUUCCUUUCUGAGCCUCCUCGUCGCGCUCUUCUGCGGUGAUUUGUUCGCCUUCUUGAGCGUGCCGGGGAAUGCCCUUUGCGACAUCAUCCUAACGGUGGCCUUUGGCUUCUUUGCUUUCGAGUUCGUCCUGAAUGCCUUUUCUGACAGGACUUAUCCUCUGAGUUUCUUCUUUUAUAUGGACUUGAUCGGAACCUUCUCGAUGGUCUUCGACAUUUCCUACAUGUGUGGCCCUGAUGCUAUGUCCAUCGAAAGAUUGCACACCUCCUCCAGCAGUGGUGGGGGAGUCAUCGUGAUGCGAGCGGCGCGCGCUGCGCGCUUGGGCGCCCGUGCAGGGCGUUUGAGCCGAGUAGCGAAGAUCGUGCGCUUCGUCUCGGGAUCCGAGGAAGAAGGCUCCGGAAACGUUCGGAUGGCGAAGGUGAUCUCCAACAAAUUGUCGGACGUCCUCUCCAUCCGCGUGGCCUUCGUGGUGAUUUGUGUGGCCGUGGUGCUGCCGUCGCUGAGCAUCUUCGAAUAUCCCGAGAUGGAGGAGUCGCUGACCGCCUGGACCAGCUUCCUGGCGCCGGACGUCCAGCGCUACGCUGAGGGCGCCCGGGGCGAGAUGGCGGUGAUCCAGCAGCUGCUGAGGGAUCUCUCGAAGUUCUACUCUACGGCGAACUAUGGGCCCUUCCUGAUCUGCUACCGAAAGACAGGGGCUGACCUCAAUUCAGAGGAGUUGCUGGCCUGUGGCGCGACGGACGACACCGUCAAGUUCGAGGUGGAGGGCCACUGGGCCGCGCCUGCGCGGCGUGAGUUCGUGAUGGCCACCAGCCAGGGGCAGAUGGAUUUGCUCUUCGACUUGGCGGAACCGAAGCGCUUGGAAGCGUUGAUGGGCAUCAGUCUCAUCAUGUUCAUCAUCCUGGUUAUGGUGGCCUUCAGCAUCGUUCUGACGGAGAACAUCUCUACAGUGGCGCUGCUGCCGCUGGAGAGGAUGUUGGACGUGGUGCGCCAUCGAUGUGCACAGAUCUUCAAGUACACCAACGCCUUGCAG